GGAGCAAACCCGGAAGCGAAAUCCGUGCAGCGACCCCCUGGCGACUCUCUGCUACAAACUCCCGUUCCCAGAAGUCACUCCAUCGUGCGGACUCAUCAGACUUCCAGCCUGAUGUCUGACGGCAAGUUAUGGCCCAGCAGUACCCCAGCCUCCCUGGUUCCCCUCGAGGAAUUGGAGAACCCGAAGUUCAUCGGUGCAGGCAGCUUCGGGGCGGUGUUCUGGGCAAGACACAGGACGUGGGAUUUAGAUGUGGCAGUCAAGAUCAUGAACAGGGAGACAAUAUCCAGGGAGGUGAAGGCCAUGGCAAGUCUGCGUGGCCAGCAUGUACUGCACCUGCUGGGGGUCACCGAGCAGCUAGAGUGGGAGUACAUGCGCGGGCCGGCCCUGGUGACUCAAUUCAUGGAAAACGGUUCCCUGGUGAGGCUGCUGCAGCCCCGCUGUCCUCGGCCCUGGCCGUUCCUCUGUCGCGUGCUGCAGGAGUUGGUGCUGGGGAUGUGUUAUCUGCAUAGCCAGAAUCCCGUGCUUCUGCACCGGGACCUCAAGCCCUCCAACGUCCUGCUGGACUCAGACCUGCAUGCCAAGCUGGCAGAUUUUGGCCUAUCAACAUUUCAAGGAGGCUCAAGGUCUGAGGAGUUAGCCCUCGCCUACUUGGCCCCAGAGCUGUUGGCUGAUGUAAACCAGAAAGCCUCCAUGGCUAGUGAUGUCUACAGCUUCGGGAUCCUAAUGUGGGCAGUGCUAGCUGGACGAGAAGCUGAGAUAGUGAGCCAGAAAUCAGUGGUGCAGGAAGCAGUGUGUGAGAGGCAGAUCCGCCCCCCCUUGACCAAGCUGCCCCAGCCGGGUCCCGAGACUCCUGGCUUGGAAGGACUGAAGGAGUUAAUGCAGCACUGCUGGAGCCAUGAGCCCAAGAACAGGCCCUCCUUCAAAGAAUGCCGAUCAAAUACCGAGGAAGCCCUCAAUCUGGUAAACAAGGAGAUGGAUGCCGCAGUCUCCACGGUGAAGAAGUUCCUGUCUGAGCACAGGGGCAUCAACAGGAUGUUGUCUGCCCCCAAGCCAGGCCCAGGAGGGACAGAAACGGAUGAGCCUAGGGGAACCACAGGAAGCCUUGAUUUCGUAGCCUCUGAAAUGCUGAACAAACUAAAUCUGAAGGAGUCCCCCAGCUGUGUUCCUAAGAAAUGUACAAACCUUCCUGAGAGGAUCAGGACACAGGGAGACAAGGUUCACCCUGCCCAGAUAACAGGGAUACCUUCAGAUGCAACAGCCCCAUCUCCCCAAACUCCAGAGACCUCACCUUUCAGAAAUCAUACCCCCAGCUCCAACUUGGCUCAGACCCCAGGUCCUGGACCCAUAGGGAAUCAGGGGGCUACGAGACACAGCACCAACUGGCCAACCAGGGCACCAGGGCUAAAUCCAAUACCAGGGCGGCCAUCUGUUCUCAUAAGUGACAGCCAUGGGGUGCAGGUCGGAGACAACAACUACUUGGUUAUACAAGGAGGAACUGCCUUGUCCACACCGAGCCUGCCACCUUGGGCCAUGGGUAGAGGCUGGCAGCAUGCCCCCCAGAAGUAGGUUGGAAAGAAGGGCCACAAGAACCCAGAAGCCUGGAGUGGGCUGCAGGGCCAGUACAAAGGAGGUUCUGAGCUACCCAUUGAAUUGAGGCAAUCAACUGAGACUUUCUUUGAGGGCCAUCUGGCCUGCAGCCAAACUGACUUUGUGUUAUGCACAGAGGACUCAAUAAACGUGGUGGAUAUUUUUAAGUUUAUUUAUUUUAA